UAGGCUGAGGAGAAACAACUGGUGGUUGAGGUAUAACAAGAAUACACAGCGUGCAUGAUCCGUCCAGAUGAUGAUGCGAUCGAGUCUUUCCCAGAGACCCUUCCAUCUGGCGGUCAGUCAGGCAAACAUUGGUGGUGGUGGUAUUUUUGUCGCUUUGUCGCUUUGUCGCUUUGUCCACAGCAAUGACAAACACACACGAUUCGAGAAUCGAAUCAACUCGUGCGCUGAUCGCGAGAAACGUGAAAAUGAAAAAAAGGAAAAAAGAUAAGAAAGAUAAUCUUCAGCAGAGAUGGAAGUCUAGC